AUGGCGAAACAAGUAGCUCAAAACGUAUUUAUUGUAGCUGCUAAACCUACCGAACUUGGUGGAAUAGCAGCAAAAGCAGCUCUAGCAGGUCUUCCCAAAGAUCUUCCUAUCGACUCUGUAAUAUUUGGUAAUGUCUGUCAAACAGAUAAUACCGCAGCAUAUCUAGCGAGACAUGUAGGCCAUCGAGCGGGUGUGCCAAUUCAUGUGCCCGCAUUAACGAUCAAUCGUCUCUGCGGGUCUGGAUUUCAGUCGGUAAUUAACGCGAUUCAAGAGAUCAAAUCGGGCGAUGCUAAUAUCGUGUUAACCGGUGGCACAGAAAGCAUGAGCAAAUCUCCUUAUACACUUGCUAAUGUUCGAUGGGGUACUCGUUACGGAAUUGAUUUGAAAUUGGAGGAUUCGCUGGCAGUCGCGUUGAUUGAUCAGUAUCCGACAAAAACGCCGAUGGGUGUGACUGCUGAGAAUCUUGGGAAUAAAUAUGGAAUCACGCGCGAACAGUGUGAUGAGUAUGCGUUGAGCAGUCAACAACGUUGGGCAGCUGCCAAUGAAGAAGGAAGAUUCCAUAAGGAAUUGGUUCCAAUUGAAGUAAAAACGAGAAAAGGAGUACAAGUGUUCGAAAAAGACGAACAUCCACGACCACAAACAAAUCUCACAUCACUCGCAAAACUGCCACCAGUAUUCAAGCCUGAGACUGGUCUGGUCACAGCCGGUAAUGCUUCCGGUAUUAGUGAUGGUGCAGGUGCUGUGGUAAUAGCUAGUGAAGAAGCGGUCAAUCAGCAUAAACUAAACCCUCUUGCUCGUGUGGUAAAUUAUUUCGUUACUGGCGUUGAACCGACAAUAAUGGGAUUUGGCCCGGUUCCGGCGAUCAGAAAUGUGCUAAAGAGAGCGUCGUUAGAUUUGGCGGCUAUUGAAAUUAUCGAAGUUAAUGAGGCGUUUGCUGCUCAAUAUCUGGCCGUUGAGAAAGAAUUGGGAUUGGAUCGUAGUAUUACAAAUACAAAUGGCGGCGGUGAGUAUAAAGAAAAUCUAUCAAUCGCGCUUGGUCAUCCACUUGCAGCAUCAGGUUCCCGUAUUUUAGCUCACUUAACAUAUGAACUUCAUCGAACAAACAAAAAAUACGCUCUUGGAUCUGCAUGUAUAGGCGGUGGUCAAGGUCAGCGCUAA